AGACGCCGGACGCCGAGCCGCCAGGAAGCGCGGGAGGGGGGGCGGGCCCGGGGGGGCCGGGCUGCCUGCUAACCCCUCCCUGUCCGGGCCUCGCGGCUCAGUACGGGGGCGGGGCCCGCCGGCUGACCCCUCACCCCCUCCCGGCCCCUGGCCUCCGGCCCUUCCGGGAUCCCGGCCCCAGAUUCCCAGGGGAUUGGGGAGGGGGCGGGGGCCCUGAGGUCUCCGCCCCGCAGCCCCUUAGCCCCUCAGGGCUGAGCGGACCAGUCCCCGACUUCUGCCAGGGGACAGGGGCGGGGUCACGAAAUGGGAUCUCUGCCCAGGGGCGGAGCUUCUCCUUAGGGGCGAGGCCAAGACAUCCUGAACUGGGGCUGACAGGGCGGCAGGUUAUUAAGGCUGAGGGUGGGAGGAUGCUCAGGGUAUUGGGGUCAGGGUGGCAUUAGCCCAGCUCAAGCUGGGCUGGGCUGAGUCAGCAUCCUGCCCUGGCCAACCUCCAUCCCCGACAGCUCUGCACUCCCUUGGGCAGAGAUGGGAGAUGGCGCCGGUGUUGCCGCUGGUGCUGCCCCUGCAGCCCCGCAUCCGUCUGGCGCAGGGGCUCUGGCUCCUCUCCUGGCUGCUGGCACUGGCCAGCGGCCUCACUCUCCUCUGUAGCGGGCACCUCCUGGUCCAGCUGCGGCACCUUGGCACCUUCCUGGCUCCCUCCUGCCGGUUCCCUGUCCUGCCCCAGGUUGCCCUGGCAGCAGGUGCAGUGGCUCUGGGCACAGGACUCGGAGGUGCAGGAGCCAGCCGGGCAAGUCUGGAUGCAGCUCGAUACCCUCCCUGGCGAGGGAUCCUGGGACCACUGCUGGUGGCUGGUACUGCUGGAGGAGGGGGGCUCCUGGUCCUCGCCCUGGGGCUAGCCCUGGGUUUGCCUGGGAGUCUGGACCAGGGGCUGGAAGAGGGCCUGGGAACUGCCUUGGGUCACUACAAGGACACAGAGGUACCUGGGCACUGUCAUGCCAAACGGCUGAUGGAUGAGCUGCAGCUGAAGCACCACUGCUGCGGGCGCCAUGGGUACAAGGAUUGGUUUGGGGUACAGUGGGUCAGCAGCCGUUACCUGGACCCCAGUGACCAGGAUGUGGUUGAUCGGAUCCAGAGCAAUGUGGAAGGCCUGUACCUGACUGAUGGAGUCCCUUUCUCUUGCUGCAACCCCCACUCACCUCGGCCUUGCCUGCAAAGUCAACUUUCAGAUCCCUAUGCCCACCCCCUCUUUGAUCCGAGACAGCCCAACCUAAACCUCUGGGCCCAAGGAUGCCACGAGGUGCUGCUGGGGCACCUGCAGGAACUGGCCAGCACACUGGGCAGCAUGCUGGCUGUCACCUUUCUGCUGCAGGCUCUGGUGCUCGUUGGCCUGCGGUACCUGCAUACAGCACUGGAGGGUCUUGGAGGGGUCAUCGAUGGGGAAGGGGAGACCCAGGGCUAUCUCUUUCCUGGUGGGCUGAAAGAUAUGCUGAAAACAGCAUGGCUACAGGGAGGGGUUGCCCACAGGCCAGCACCUGAGGAGGCCCCACCAGAAGAGGCACCUCCCAAGGAGGAUCUACCUGAGGCCUAGUGGCCUAGAGCUUAGGAUGGGGGUGGGCGGGAGGGGAAGAGGGAGGGAUGGACAAGGCUAAAAACCUCACAACUCCUAACCAAGGCUCCAGGUUGGGGGGGAGGGUCCCUGGGAUUAGAGAGGUUAAGGACAGUCAGGGAGCUGCAGCUGGAGCUGGACAGGGGUGAGAGAGAAAAGCAGGUGUCCUAGGGCCUCCUUUGUGGCCAGAACCAGCAGGUAUAACAACAAAGAACAGAGUGAUGGGAAAGUGACAUGGGAAGGCCUGGAGACUGCUUCUGGUACACAGACUCAAUAAAGCUUUUGGAUGGAAGC